CCGCCAUGCCCGGCCCGGCCGCCGGCAGCAGGGCCCGCGUCUACGCUGAGGUGAACAGCCUGAGGAGCCGCGACUACUGGGACUACGAGGCCCACGUCCCCACCUGGGGUAAUCAAGACGAUUACCAACUUGUUCGGAAACUCGGCCGGGGGAAAUAUAGUGAAGUCUUUGAAGCUAUUAACAUCACCAACAAUGAGCGAGUGGUUGUGAAAAUUCUUAAGCCAGUGAAGAAAAAGAAGAUAAAACGAGAAGUUAAGAUUUUGGAGAACUUACGAGGUGGAACCAACAUCAUCAAACUGGUCGACACUGUUAAGGAUCCAGUGUCGAAGACUCCAGCUCUAGUAUUUGAAUACAUCAAUAAUACAGAUUUUAAGCAACUAUACCAGAUCCUGACAGACUUUGAUAUUCGAUUUUAUAUGUAUGAAUUGCUCAAGGCCUUGGAUUACUGUCACAGCAUGGGGAUCAUGCACAGAGAUGUGAAACCUCACAACGUCAUGAUAGACCACCAACAGAAAAAGUUGCGGCUCAUAGACUGGGGCUUGGCAGAAUUCUACCAUCCAGCUCAGGAAUACAACGUCCGCGUGGCCUCGAGGUACUUCAAAGGGCCGGAACUCCUUGUGGACUACCAAAUGUACGACUAUAGCUUAGACAUGUGGAGUUUAGGCUGUAUGCUAGCAAGUAUGAUCUUCCGAAAAGAGCCUUUCUUCCAUGGCCAAGACAACUACGACCAGCUGGUUCGCAUUGCGAAGGUGCUGGGUACAGAUGAAUUAUAUGGUUAUCUGAAGAAGUACCACAUAGAACUGGACCCACACUUCAAUGACAUCUUGGGACAGCAUUCACGAAAACGUUGGGAGAACUUCAUCCACAGUGAGAACAGACACCUGGUCAGCCCUGAAGUCUUGGACCUUCUGGACAAACUCCUGCGAUAUGACCAUCAACAGAGGCUGACUGCCAAAGAAGCUAUGGAGCACCCCUAUUUCUAUCCGGUUGUGAAGGAGCAGGCCCAGCCCAGCUCCGACAGUUCUGUGCUCUCCAGUGGCCUAACAGCUGCACGAUGAAGUUUGGGAAACGACGGGUCUGUCUGAUGCUGUUCCUCCCAAUUUUCCAUAACCAGAACAAAAUCAAACGCCUUAUCCGCUUGUGUACAGAGAUGGUGGUGUGCAGCUUCCAGAAGUCAUCCCAGUGGCAGGUUAUGGGAACAGGGACUGCGGUGGUGGCAGCUGACGGCACCCAACAGCAUACAAAAACACAAAACUUUGUGUCUUUGACUUCCUGUUGACUUCCUCCUGACCAAGAAAGCAUGGGCGUUGUGAAGGGUAUGCAGAACUGUGGCUGGCUCGUGUGGCUUCCCUCCGACCUCGGUGCCCUUCCCCUAAACCCGGCCCACCUUCUGAUAAAAUGGCUCCUGUCUGACAGGCUGAGAGAGGGGGGAAGCUCUGUGGCAUGAUGGACAGUUCUAUAACAAAAAAAUUAUUAUAUAUUGUUGAAUAAAAGUUUUAAAAGUUAAAA